AUAGGCGAGCACUGAGCCGCCAAAACGCUUCACGCUGAGAGUUCUACGAUCGGAGUCGGAGGCCCUCUAUACUCGAUCCGUCUGCUGCAUUUGAUCAGUAUCUGCGAUUCUCCCAAAACCCCUUUCUUUUGAAAUUUUCUAGUGGUAGAAAAAUCGAAUCUUGCUAAGGUUCGAGCGAGCUUUUUCCCAUGAAGAAUCCUGUGGUUCUCCCUAAUUGCGCCCUCGUCUGCGCUUCUUUGAUAAUAUUGUCAGUGGCUCCGGCCAUCUUAGCUGCUGGUAAUGACUCCGCGAUCCUCCUCAGUUGCGGAGCUUCUCAACCGGGCUCCGACCUCGAUGGAAGAGUUUGGGCCCCCGAUGGAAGAAUUUGGACCCCCGACUCCGAUUUCAACUUCUCCCUCCCUUUGAGCGGCCAUAGCGUCAAAGCUACACAGCAAGAUUCGUCGGUGCCUCGAGUCCCGUACUUGACGACUCGGGUCUUCACUUCCCCUUUUUCCUACAAUUUCCCUCUCGCCGUCGGCGGUCGGGUAUUCCUCCGCCUCUAUUUCUACCCUUCCAAUUACGACAACGACAACUACACCUCUGGCGAUGCCUUCUUCUCUGUCACAGCUGGCCCUUACACCCUCCUCCACAAUUUUAGUGCUUCUCUUGUUGCUAAUAAUUUAAAUGAUGACUUCUUUACCCGUGAAUUUUCCCUCAAUGUCUCCACCGGCGUCCUAAACCUCACCUUCUCCCCCUCCCCCGCUCAUAACAAUUCUUAUGCCUUUAUAAACGGCAUCGAGAUUGUGCCAAUCCCUGACAUCUUUAACUCCGGCAAUGCUGUGCUUAUCAAUACUGAUGGUUAUGCCUAUCCCAUAUUGAAAGAGAUCCAUCCAGAAUCAGCAAUCGAAACUGUGUACCGGCUCAACGUGGGUGACCAAGCAAUCGCCCCUCCCAAUGGGGAAUUUUCCAGAUUUUGGGAAGAUGAUACACGUUAUCUUUUUGGCGCUUCUUCUGGUGUGACAUUUUCUAAAGAUCCAAAUGUUAGCAUCACAUACGCCCCUGACGUUCCAUCUUACAUUGCGCCAACUGAAGUCUACGCGACAGCAAGGUCAAUGGGUCCAGACGCAUCAUUGAAUUUGCAGUACAAUCUUACAUGGAUUCUUCAAGUAGAUGCUGGCUUCAGCUACCUUGUCCGGUUUCAUUUUUGUGAGAUCCAAUAUCCCAUAACCACGAGGAAACAAAGAGUUUUUGAAAUCUUCAUUAAUAACCAGACAGCGGAGGAAUCCGCGGAUGUUAUUGCUUGGAGUGGCGGUAUCGGUGUUGCAACAUUCAGGGAUUACAUGGUGAGUACAACAGGAAGUGGGCAGAUGGACAUGUGGGUUGCCCUUCAUCCACAAAUCGACUCGCGACCAGAGUACUACGAUGCUAUUUUAAACGGGCUUGAGGUCUUCAAGUUACAAAACAGCAGCAACAGUUUAGCUGGUUUUAAUCCAGAACCACGUGAUCAAACUUUUGAUAAUCCUGAUGGAAAUUAUUUCACCGAUUCGAUAUCUUUGCAUGUAAAGAUCGUAACAUCAUGCAGAUAUUGCUACCACAUAUAAAUCCAAUAAAUGGGAUUUAUUGGUUGUGUAUUUCUUGAGUUUGAUUUAUUGGAAGAAGAUUUUAUGUAUGUAGAAAUUGGUUAAAUUGCUUUUCGGAACUAAGAUGAUAAUUAUAAAUUGAUUUCAA